AUGGAUUGUAGCAGCCGCCUGCAGCGUGCGCGUGCCAAAGUCAUCUGCUCACAAUUCCUACUAUUCUUAUGUAAGAUGAAGGCCACACACCAAGAGGCUAAGGAAGUCGGCUUACACUUUCACGUCCGGCCUCGGGUCUCGAGGGUUGAGCCGAGCAGGCGUCAACGAACUAUUUACAUUCGCAAUCCAUUCGGAAUUGGUGACCGUGCAAUGGAAUGUGAUGACGAUGUCUCGCUUGCCCAGCCUAAUCACAGCCUCAUCGUCCGAGGCCACCACGUACUUUACCCAUCUCGACCCACUUUGACUAGUACUCGGUGGGGUUGUUGCGUAUAUCUAUUUACUGACCUCGUACCCCGAAUCACCCAACCCCACUUGGUGCAACAGGCUAUGCUUGUCAUACUUGCAGUUCAAGUACCUUUUCGAGUUGGGGUCGAGAUCAAAAGCCUCGUAGCUUGCUUUCACGAAUUCCCCGUAACGAAUGAUCUCGUCACGGAGAAGAGGGUGCAAGGGUUCAACAAGGUUUUCCCAGUUGUUGAGGCCUUGAAUUUCUCUCCAACCACAUGCUAUAUCUAA